CCGAUGUACUAUCAGAGACUCAUUAGAUACCCAAACAACGUGUAAAUACCCGAAGUAAAUGCAAGGGAUAGCGCCCUCACUCAUUUCAACACCCCAACAGAAGCAAAAUUUAGAGAGAAGCAAAUCCUAGAGAAAGAGAGAGAUGGAAGGGAUGGAUCACGGCCAUGGCAUGGGUGGUAUGGCACCACCACCACCACCAUCAUCCAUGACGAACGGUACGAUGAUGCACCAUACGAUGAUGAUGCACAUGACCUUCUUUUGGGGCACAAAGGCGGAAGUACUCUUCUCCAAAUGGCCAGGCACAAACACCGGCAUGUAUUACGUAGCCAUAUUCUUUAUCUUUACCCUAGCUGUCCUCGUCGAGUGGCUCUCCCACUGCCGUCUGAUCAGGCCCGGCGCAAGUGACGUCAUUUCUGGACUGGCACAGACUUUUUUGCAUGCAAUUAGGGUUGGGUUGGCUUAUUUGGUGAUGUUGGCCGUCAUGUCGUUUAAUACGGGGGUGUUUCUUGUGGCGGUGGCUGGGCAUACUGUUGGGUUCUUGCUUUUUGGGAGUACGGUUUUUAAGAAGAAGCCGGAUGUUGAUGAUAAGGGUUCUGAUCUUCCUCCAAUGAGAUGUUGAUUAUAUGUAAAUUUUAAAUUUUAUUUAUGGAAUGAAUUAGGACAUUUUGGUUUUUUAGUUUGGUGAAGCAUCUAAUGCUCAGAUGGCUGAGGCGGUGGCUCAGGAGGUUGUUCGUAUGAUUAAUCGAAGAAUGUUUAUUGAUGCGCUGGAAGGUAUUUUGCACGAUAUAUGGCACCUUGCAAGUGUUAUGGAAUCGGAGGAGUAUGUGUUUUCUCAUCGAGUAACAAACAGAGCAGCACACACUGUUGCAGCUUUCAUGCAAUCUGUAGGGAGAACUUUUAUUUGGAAUUGUAUUAGUCCCGAUUUUCUUUUUAAUAUUCUUAUUAAGGAUGUGAACUUAUCAAUUAAACUUGAUUGAAUAAAAUUUAUCGUUUCAAGAAAAAAAAUAAAAAUUCAUCGUCA